AUGUCUUCAGCUAUGAAUAUGUUAUCAUCAUUUACUAUUUUUGUUUUAUUUGUUUCAAUAAUUAUAUCUGAGUCAAGAGAUUUUAGUGACAAAAAUUUAAUUCAUUCUUCAAAUUUAAAGAAUGAUUUAGUACCAGUUAUCUUAAAUGAUGCUGAAAAUAUUCAUAUCAUAAAAAAAAGACA